CAAGCAUUAGUUGUGUCUACCUAUCUAAUACUUCCGGACGGUUUGCAGCAAAGCUGGCGAUAGCUUUUUUUGCUGUUGAAAACUCAAAUUAAAAUUUAAGUUAAAAUAAUGAGUGAAGACAAUUCCGUGAACUUUGAAGAUCAUGAAUUUAAGGAGCCUAGUUUAUCGGAAGGACUCGUCCUUUAUUUUCAUCCAAACAAUUUUCAUUCGCUUAAAAUCUUGUUCAUACUUUACGAAAAACACAUCAACUUUACACCAUACGUGUUGAAUCUAGCUAAUGGAGAACAAUAUUCACAUUGGUUUCUCAACAAAAAUCCUAAAGGUGAUGUUCCGGUACUUCAAGACAAUGCAUUUGUAAUUCCAAACUCUCUAAGCAUUAUUAAUUACUUAGAAGGCAAAUUCAAAGGAGAAAAACAUCCCGCUCUGAUACCGAUUGAUAAAAAAUCAACUGAGUACACUAAGUUGGUCAUGUACGAGGAUAUAUUAAGCAAGCUUCCUAUUGGAGCUUUAAGCCUUGGGUCUUUUGUACACGAAGAUUUUCGAUUAAAUCCAAAACCACCUUUUAUUGGACACAUUCGUCAAGCAUGUGUGGAAAAUAAUGAAAAGGUGUACGAAAUCUUAAAAAAAUCAGUUGAUAAAGCUUCUGAUUAUCAUAAAAACACUUUGUUGGCCAAGCUCAGUCUUCAAGAUAAGCGAAAGGAGUUAGUCUAUUCUAAAGUGCAUUUUCAAUGUGUUGUUGAUAAACUUGAAGAAGUUUUGAAACAAUUUGAAAAAGAACUUGAGGAAGGUCCCGACCGAGAUUGGCUUUUAUCUUCAGAAUUUUAUUCAGUUGAUGUUAGCUUUGGACUACUAUUGCAUCGCCUUUGGAAUUUAGGUUUCGAAGAUUACUUUUGGGAAAACGGAAAGUUGCCAAAGACUAGCCAAUAUUUUUCACGUUUUCAAAAACGACAGGUUUUUAAGAAACUGAUGCCAAGCAAUGUCGGUGUGCUAACAAAUAUGUGGUUGAAUACUCCAACUCAUUAUAAACUUGGAGCAGGUGCUAUUGGAAUGGCAAUAGUAGCGGCAAUUGUUCACAAGUAAAUAAGUUUAAGAUAUAGUUUUAAAGAAAAAUAAGAAGCCUUUAUUGCAUGAAUAAAUCAACAUGUUAAUAUUUCUUGAAUUUAAUUAACAAAUAACGAAAAUAAAGUUAAAUCAGUAAAAUACA